AUGAAGAGUGCGGCUCCUCUCACUCUCUUUGUGCUGGUGUCGCUCAGAGCCGCUCACUCUGCUCCCGUCCCUGAGCUCACUCUUCAGGAUGAGCACUUAGCAGAGAACUACUUGAAAAGGUUCUUUAACUUGACGGAGGAGGCGGGGCCCGUGUCUCGCCGCGGCCUCAGUCCCAUCGUGAAGAAGCUGAGCGAGAUGCAGCGGUUCUUCGGUCUCCACAUCACGGGCUCUUUGGACAACGACACCGUGGCCCUCAUGAAGAAGCCUCGCUGUGGGGUCCCAGACGGAAAGAUCGCUCGCUACUCCACGUUUGGAGGAGACCUGAAGUGGAAGAAGAACAGUCUGACCUACAGGAUUGAAAACUACACUCCGGACAUGUCCAGGUCAGAGGUGGACUCUUCUAUCGAAAAGGCUCUACAGGUCUGGGCCAAAGUCACACCCCUGAGGUUCUCCAGGAUCCACAGCGGCACCGCGGACAUCAUGAUCUCCUUCGGGCGCUACUCCCAUGGAGACUAUUACCCGUUUGAUGGUCCUGAUGGAACUCUGGCCCAUGCCUUUGCUCCGUCCUCUGGCAUCGGAGGAGACGCACAUUUUGACGAUGAUGAAAGCUUCACUUCUCGGUCAAACUCUGGCUAUGUUCUGUUCAUGGUGGCUGCCCAUGAGUUCGGUCACUCUCUGGGCCUGUCCCACUCGGAUGACCCAGGGGCGCUCAUGUACCCCACCUACACCUACAGAAACCCAGACACCUUUGUUCUGCCCCGAGAUGAUGUCGUUGGCAUCCAGGCUUUAUAUGGCCGUAACACUGAGAGCUUCCCUGGAACAGCCGAGAGUCUCCCGCCUCCCCCCGUCACCCCCGACGCAUGUGACUCCACCAUGGUUUUGGAUGCAGUCACAACUUUGAGAGGCGAAAUGUUCUUCUUCAAAGACAGCUUUGUCUGGCGCAGUACUCCUCAGAGCAGUCGGCCGCAGCAGAGUCUGAUCUCCAGGAUGUGGCCCAGUGCUCCUUCCAGUCUGGAUGCGGCCUAUGAGAGCAGGCUUUCUGACAGGGUCUAUUUCUUCAAAGGUCGUCGCGUCUGGGCCUUUGCAGGCUACACUCCGGUCCAGGGCUUUCCAAAGAGACUGACCAGCUUCGGUCUUCCCCGAUGGGUGAAGAGAAUAGAUGCUGCACUUUUUGACGUGGAAACCAGAAAGACAUUGUUCUUUAUUAGUGAUUACUAUUUCAGUUUCGACGAAAACACACAAAAAGUGGAUAAUGGACAUCCCAAAAGAGUGGGAGAAACAUUUCCAGGCCUGACGGACAAAGUGACGGCAGCUUUUCAGUACAGAGGUUUCACGUACGUCUACAGCGGCCCCUACAUGCACGAGUACAGCCUGAGCUCCGGCAGACUGUUCCGUGUGCUCCGGAACAGCUACUUCCUUCGCUGCGUUCAAUCUUAA